AUGGACACAGCAAGUGGCCAGCCUGGCCAGCAGCUCCAAAUCAACAUCUUCAGGGGACCUUCGGAGACCCCGCCCCUCCCCCGCGACCCCUUCGCCCCCGCCCCGCACCGCCCUUCCGCGGCUGCGCAAUGGCCCUGCGCCGACCCCCACCCCCCACCCUGCGCCUCCGCGGGCUCCUCCUCCCCGCACAGUCCCGCCCCCGUGCCGCCCCUGUCCCCCCGGGUGCGCUCCUCGAGUCAGCCCAGCGGUGUCGCCGUUGCCCUUGGAACCAGGCCACCCGCACAGCCCCACUUUGGGGGUGUCGUUUCCAGCAAAGACGGGACCCCAGGGUGGGGGAGCGUGAGGUCAGAGAGCGCGUGCGGGGAGAACGGACCUGCGGUCCAGGGCGUCCGCCUGGAGUCAGGGGUCAGGGUGUCUGCCUUCACCUUGAGCAGGCAGAGUCGGUGUGGCCGGAGGCUGGAACACGCAGGCUCAGCGGGGACAGGUGCACGUAGCGGGGAAGCGGACAGCCUGUGGAAAUCCUCAGCCUGCUUCCGUCGAUCUCGAAGCGGAGAUGGCUUUGACCCAGCACACAGAGUCACGUGGGAAGUUCACCAGGACAUUUAUUUGGACGCUUUACAGUCUGAGCGCCAGCGGGAGGGAUGGAACCCAACAGCUGAGUUCCCCGCACGCAGCCCCGGGCCGGACGGAAAAAGCGGAGGCGUCACCACGGCCACUGCAGGUGCCCGUCCUUCCCGGGCCUGCACGGAGCCCACUGCUCUGGUCUGUCCAGCGGUUGGUCACCCCAAACCUCCACCCCCACUGGGGGCCACGCUCUUCUUACCAUUUGACUCAUGUGGCCUGUGCUGCUCGGUCCCCAGCCAAUGUGCUGGACAGGCCACAGGUGCGGUAAAAUCUUUGCGCGUGGCACAGGGAGUGGGGUGCCUGCACUCACUCGUGGCGGAACCCCGUGGCUGCCGUGGACAUGAACUAGGAACUGAGUGCCGGGCCAGGGCGGGGGGUGCCGUGGGCGCGGUGUGCCUGCUUCCUGGCCUAGUCUGGGCUGUCAGUCCCCUCUGGGACGCCCAGGGCCCAAGGGCAAAGCCCUGUCACAGCUGUGACACACUCUGUGCGUAGUGAUGGGAAUAGAUGAGUCGGAACGGCCUCUCUAGAGCGACCAUCACUUUAUUGGAGAUGAAUAAAAACAGACUUUUUAAAGGAUUUUUUUUUUUUUUUUUUUUAAUAAAAGAACACUGUGUAGACGUGCAGCUUUGGAGGCAGGACCAGGAGACCCCUACCGUGUUGCACGGGCUGGUCGGUUCUUCCAUUUGUCAUUGAUAUAUGUGGCAUGAAAAUACAGAACGCAUGCAUAACAUAAAGGCUGCGUAAAUAUACAUUAAGGAGAAGCGGCUCCCUUAUCUGCAUUUGCAGGGUCGCCAGAUCCGUCAAUACGGGUGCAGCCCGGCUCUGGGUCCCGGUCCCGGGGGCCGUGGGCAGGUGGGACCCAUGCAUUGUGCAGUCAAAUGCAGCCGGCUUCCACUUAGAAAUUCCUAUUGUGGGGCAGGGGCAAAGUAUCUAUAAUAAUUUUAAGGACAUUUCCCAAAUGUUUAUUUAGAUAAAAGAUGGGUAACAGUAAAACUCGGGAACCUGCAGCCUGAUAACAGGUUUUAUUAAUGACCUGCCAUACGCCAGGGCUGGAUAAUUAAAGUUUUUCCCCCCAAAGGAAGAGAGUGGACAAAUUUAUUUGAUGGUUUGAUAACCAGGGACACUGGUUGAAAACUAUUGAUAUAAUCGGAGCUCAUUCGAUUUGCUCAAGACAGCCACUCCUAUCAGCUAAUUUCACCUGUGCAUAGUUAAUUAUCCUCCGAAUGCAUAUGGGCGAGCCAUUAAUAAAAUUUGACUAUGUCAUAGUC